AUUAUUGAAAAAGAAGAGUAAUUACCAAAGUAGGUCCCACGGGCCACAGGAGGGCCGGCCCAUUCGAAUGACUCACGCCGUAUGGCCAUCUCACCAACCCCCGACCGGUCGGCGGCCGGUCCAACCACUUCUUAAGCUAGCACCACCGGUUCAACCGGAUACCUCCUCCCAUAUAUACCCCUCGUUCUCUCCACCCAAAGACUCAGGUAAAGCAACUGCGAUCCAAAGGAAUCCAAAGCAAGUGAGAGAAGAAAAAAGAAGAAGUAAUCAAGAAGUUCUUCAAUUCGCAGCAAUGGCAGCCAAGGGAGAAACAGAACAAAACCAGAACCUUAGGCACCAAGAGGUCGGACACAAGAGCCUUUUACAGAGCGAUGCUCUCUAUCAGUAUAUACUUGAGACCAGUGUGUACCCGAGAGAGCCGGAAUCGAUGAAAGAACUGAGAGAGGUGACUGCCAAGCAUCCAUGGAACCUCAUGACUACCUCUGCCGAUGAAGGGCAGUUCUUGAACUUGCUUCUGAAGCUGAUCAACGCCAAGAACACCAUGGAAAUCGGUGUCUAUACUGGUUACUCUCUUCUUGCUACUGCCCUUGCUAUCCCUGAUGAUGGAAAGAUUUUGGCAAUGGACAUUAACCGAGAAAACUACGAAAUUGGUCUCCCCAUAAUUGAAAAGGCCGGCCUCGCCCACAAAAUCGAUUUCAGAGAAGGCCCUGCUCUUCCUGCUCUCGAUCAAAUGAUUGAAGAUGGGAAGUACCACGGGACGUUUGAUUUCAUCUUCGUGGACGCGGACAAGGACAACUAUUUAAAUUACCACAAGAGGCUGAUCGAUCUGGUGAAGGUCGGGGGGCUGAUCGGAUACGACAACACCCUGUGGAACGGAUCCGUGGUGGCCCCGCCCGACGCUCCGAUGAGGAAGUACGUCAGGUACUACAGGGACUUCGUGCUGGAGCUCAACAAAGCCCUCGCCGUGGAUCCCCGCAUCGAGAUCUGCAUGCUCCCCGUCGGCGAUGGGAUCACCCUGUGCCGUCGCGUCAGCUGAUUCUGCCCCAAGUUGGAGUUACAAAAAUUCUCUCCUGCGUUUCUUUCUCUUGUUUACUACUAUUUGUGAUGAACGUUGUGCUUUUGUAUUUCUAUUGGACGGUGGAGAACUGUGAUAGUUCACAUUGGACGCUUCUGAUUUGUUCUCAUGUACCUUACGAAUAUAAUCGUCCGCAGAGGUGACCCAUUUGUCUCUAA